AUGCGCUAUUUUACCCUCCUACUAGCUACAACAGCUUUGUUCGCCUCGGCCCAAGAGGUGACACCGGUGUCACAGAGCGCAGCCGUGCCAAGUGACAGCCCACAGUGUGCUUCUCAACAGAUUGUAGAUAAUUGCGUUGUGAUCAUGAAAAAGGCACUCCAAAAAUGCGCAUCAGAUAAUUGGGAUUGCAAAUGUUCAGGGUCGGCAAAUAUUGCAAAUUGCUACGUCAAUUGCCCCGAUAGCCCAGACUAUAUCGCAGCUCAAUCAUCCAGCGCCUCUGAUUGUGCUACUGCCAAUGCGUACGACAAGGGACACACGAUAGUACCCGACACAUGGAAAACGAUGGAUUUCCAUAACGAUGUCCAUGCAACCGCUACAAGCACUGCUGGCCCGACACAUACAGAUGUAAAGAUACUGGACACUCACAAAGAGUCUGUGAAGCCGUCCAAGGGAGCCGCAAAUGUUAAAGCUACGGGCAGCUGGCUUGCUUUAGUUGGUUUGGGUAUUGGGGCUUUCUUCUGA